GCGUCCAUGACUGCUGCGGCGAAGGAACAUGUGGCGGAGAUACGGCGAACGAAGUUCUCUAUCGGUGGAGAACCGAAUCCGUUAACGGAGGAUCUUCAUCAGGCGGUUAAGAAUCUGUCUGCCGAGCUGUACGCAAAAGACGUCCAUUUCCUCAUGGAACUAAUACAGAAUGCUGAGGAUAACGAGUAUCCGGAUGGGGUUGAUCCAUCACUUGAAUUUGUUAUUACGUCCAAAGACAUCACAAGUACCGGAGCUCCGGCGACGUUGUUAAUUUUCAAUAACGAGAAAGGGUUUUCUCGUAAGAACAUCGAUUCGAUUUGUAGUGUUGGUCGAUCUACCAAGAAAGGUCUUCGAAAACGUGGCUAUAUAGGCGAGAAAGGUAUUGGAUUUAAAAGUGUAUUUCUGAUAACUGCUCAGCCAUAUAUUGUCAGUAAUGGCUACCAGAUAAGGUUUAACGAGAGGCCAUGCCAGCAUUGCAAUGUUGGUUAUAUUGUUCCUGAAUGGGUCAACGGGGACCAACUUCUGGCUGCCAUUGGAAGCUUAUAUGGGUCGGCUACUGCUCUACCAACGACAACUCUCGUGCUGCCAUUAAAGGCGGAGAAGGUGAUACCAGUUAAGGAUCAGCUUUCAAGCGUACAACCUGAAGUGUUAUUAUUUCUUUCCAAGAUAAAGCGCCUUUCAGUCAAGGAAGAUAAUGAGGAUCCUAGCCUCAAAACUGUGAACGCAAUAUCUAUCUCCAAAGAGAUAAACUUUGUUACUUCGAAGAGCAUGGAUGCUGAUUCCUACACUCUUUAUCUUACUGCUGAAGAUAUUAGUGAUGAAGUUGACGGAGAAUGUGGCUACCAUAUGUGGAAACAAAGAUUUCCUGUGAAGGAGGAGUAUAAAGUUGAUGUUAGAAUGGAAGUAGAGGAGUGGGUUAUCACACUGGCUUUUCCAAUUGGGAGAAGACUCAGAAGAGGGUCAAGCUUACCGGGUAUCUAUUCAUUUUUACCCACAGAAACUGUUACGAACUUCCCUUUCGUUAUACAAUCUGAUUUUCUUUUGGCAUCAUCAAGAGAAAAUAUCCUCUGGGAUAACAAACGGAACAAGGGAAUUCUCGAUUGUGUUCCCAUUGCCUUUUUAAAUGCGUUCACGCAACUGGUGAAGUCCACCGAAGAUCCUCCUGUUUCCAGUCUCCCCAAUAUGUUUUGGUUUUUACCCAUCAGUGAAUCGUCUCAUCCAGAACUUAACCUUGUCCGGGAUGCAAUUAAAAUCAAAGUAAUGAAUGAUACCAUCGUUCCUUGUGAGUCGUACACUGGUCAAAAGUUGUUCCGUAAGCCCAACGAAGUUGGUAGGCUGAAGCAUUCUUUUUGGAGCAUAUUGAACAAAGCCCGUCAACAAGGCGUGAAAAUCAGUGAUAUUUCAUCCCAUGGAUCUUAUAUUCUUGCCUCUUCUUUUGAUAAAGCGGAGUACGACGCUGUUCUAGACUUUCUUGAAAUCCAAUCUGUGGAUAAUGAAUGGUAUGCAAAAUGCAUAUCUGGUUCCAACCUUGUUAUGGGCGUGUCCGAGGAUCUUUACAUACAGCUUCUGGUAUUCAUUGCUGAAGGUUGGGGGUCCUCGUUUCGUAACACGAACAUCGAAAACAUACCAAUCAUAAAGUAUGUUGGUAUGGAUGGGAAACGAGAUUUCUUCAAAAUCAAUCAAGUUUUACAGAGAGCUGGAAUCAAGUUGCUUGCUGCGGAUUCUGCUCCCAUCGCCUCGUGGCUGAUUAAUUGGAAUACUGAAUUUCGUUGUUCGGAGGGCCAGUUUUUUUUGCCCAGAGCCAUGCAAGAUGCCAUCGGACGGUGUUUGAUGAAUGAUACGUUAAAGAAAUGGCUAAAAGAAGAUGUUAAAGUUAAAUUCAUUAGUGUUCGUGAUUAUGCCGAGGGUCUUGGUCCUCUCAAUUAUGACCGAAAGCUGGCUGUUACCUAUGCCCAUUUUCUUUAUAGCUCGCUGGAAAAGGAGUAUCUGAUGAAGCAUGAGGUUCAGAAUCUGUGUGUUAACAUGCCGAUCGUUGAUAACUACGGGGUAGUAAAUGUAACAAGAAGUGGGGUUUUAGAACCUUCCAAUGGAAGCAAUUGGAUUAAACUUUUCGGUAAUAAUCCUUGGAGACAAGAUGGUUAUGUUGAGCUUGGAUUAGAUUAUACCCAACAGAAGAGUYAUGUUGGUAUUUCUACAUCUGGCAUUGAACUACUUUCAUUUCUUAGAGAGUAUGUAAAAGCCUCUGAUCUCCCUUAUUUACCUCCCCCUAAUGUUCCCAUUCCUACUUUGUCUUCCCACUUGGGGAAAGACAACACUUUUCUCCUUCUAAACUGGCUUCAGCAUUUAAGGACAAAAGGGUCUAGUUUGCCGGAAAGGUUUAUGUCAUCCAUUAAAAAUGGAUGCUGGUUGAAGAUCUCUUUGAGCCGCAGUUCUGGCCACAGGCCUCCUUCAGAAUCUUUCAUGCUAGACUCGAAAAUCGGUCGACUUCUACAGAAUGGAUCGGUGUURGUUGAUAUCCCGUUGCUAGAUGAGAGUUUUUACGGAGACGAGAUAAAAAACUACAAAGAGGAGUUACGAAUAAUCGGUGUUCGGUUUCAUGAUAAAGAUGCUUGUGAGUUCAUUGGUAAGCGGCUCAUGACACUUACAGCUUCUUCAAAGCUUACUAGAGACAAUGUCCUUUCAAUGCUGAAGUUUAUUCGGUAUCUGGGAGMAAAUUAUCUCUCUCCAGAAAACCUCAUCAAUAGCAUCAAAGGAGAAAAAUGGCUUAGAACAUCUAAAGGUGAUAUGUCUCCAUCCAACUCUGUAUUGUCGUCUCAAGAAUGGACUGCUGCUUCACAAAUAAGUGAUAUUCCAUUCAUUGAUCAAGAUUACUAUGGCGAAGAAAUACUUUCUUUCGAGAAAGAACUAAAAAUGUUGGGUGUUUUGGUGGAAGUCAAUCAGAGUUACCAGUUUGUUAUAGACAACCUCAAGUCUUCAUCUACGUUGUCUUGUUUGUCAUCUGAAUCUGUCUUCUUGAUUUUAAGAUGCAUUCAAAAUAUAGAAUCAUCCGAUAAGCUGGUGGAAUCGCUCAGGAAUCAGAAAUGCUUGAAGACCAACUUGGGCUACAGAUGCCCAUCUGAAUGUUUUUUGUUGAAUCCAGAUUCUGAUUGGGGUUGUCUUCUUCAAGUCUUUGGAUCAUUCCCGGUUCUUGAUCAACGUUUCUAUGGGAGUUCAAUCUUUUCAAUGGCUAACGAGCUAAAGAAACUUGGUGUUAUGGUGAAUUUUGAGGAUGCCAGCAAAGCAUUCAUUCGCACUUUCAAGCAGCAUGUUUUGUCUUCCUCAAUCAGUAAGGAAAACGUUCUUUCGUUUCUGUCGGCUUACAGAAAGCUGCAGGCAUUGAAAGUCAAAUUUUCUUCAGAACUCAGGGAUUGCAUAUACAAAGAGAAAUGGUUGAGAACGAGGCUCGGUGACUACAGAACACCAAACGAGUGCAUUCUUUUUGGUACAGACUGGGAACGAAUUUCUCCAAUAUCGCUUCUUCCGUUCAUUGAUGAUAUUUUUUAUGGCAAGGAGAUUCAUGAUUUUCGGACAGAGUUAAAGCGGUUGCACGUGAUUACUGAUUUCAAAGAUGGUGCCAAGAAUGUUGUUGAUGGGCUCUUCUUACCUCAUGAUUCCAGUAACAUUACUUCUGUUAAUGUCUACGCAUUGCUUGAUUCCGUUAAGAAACUGAAAGAGAUCAAAGCCAAAAUACCUGAUGCAUUUUUGAAUAAAGUUUCACAGAAGAAUUGGUUAAGAACUCAUUUUGGCUACAAAUGUCCGAACGAGUGCUUGCUUUUCAAACCUAAAUGGGAUCAGUACUUGAAGCCGAAUGUUGGUCCUUUCAUCGAUGAAGCUUUCUAUGGACCAGCGAUCAGUUCUUAUUCAGAAGAGCUCGAAGUGGUAGGAGUUGUAACCGAUAUCAACAUGGGAUGCAAGUUGAUCAGCGGUUAUCUUGACUGUCAUUCCAAUUUUGAAGUUGUUUGUCAAAUCUACCGUUACUUGUCUGAAUUUAACUGGCAGCCUGUUGAUGAAGAUAGCCGAAAGAUUUGGAUUCCACAAGGAACUGAUAAGGGAGAAUGGUCAUCGCCGAAAAAUUGUGUUCUUCACGAUACAAAGAAUCUGUUUGUCGAUCAGUUGUAUGUUUUGGAGAAKUUUGAGUAUCCGAAGAACAUUCUGAACUUCUUUGCUAGAGUUUUCGAUGUGAAAGUCCAUCCGUCAGUUGACGAUUACUGCAAGCUGUGGAAUACGUGGGAAAGUUCAAAACGACAAAUAACUCACGAAGAAUGCUGUGCUUUUUGGGAGUUUGUGGUUGGAAAUUGGAACUCGAAAACUGAAGAUACGUUCAAUAAGAGCUUAUCGAAGCUCCCUGUUUUAGAUCCUACUUCUGGUCUAAUUAUUCUCUCCGACAAGUGCGAUGUAUUCAUUGGCGACGAUCUUUUCUUGAUGGAUCUCUUUCGUAGGUCUUCUCGUCCCAUUUUCGUAUGGUAUCCUGAGCCAUUCCCGAAAUCAUUAACCCGAACUAAGCUUGUUGAUAUCUACAGAAAAGUUGGUGUCUGUACCUUGUCUGCAUCGGCAACGAAAACCAUAUCAGAUUUGGAGGUUUCUGUAUUUGAAACAGUGAAUUCAAGGGACAAGAUUAUCAAAACGGGUUUGCUUAAACUCAUUCUUGGUUUUCUUGCUGACCCGAGACUUAAACUGGAGGUCGUAAAGAGACACGAAGCCGUUGGCCGUUUAGUAGCGAUAGAUGUUCUGGAGACAUUAAAGCCGAUGACGGUUGGCUAUCGGCUGUCGUUAUCUUGUGGGGAUGCGGUGGAAGUGGAAGUGAAUCGAAUGAUACGUUGGGACAAGCAGAAGUCGAAAUUGUUUAUGCAGAAGUUGGAGAAAUGUAAUGCAGGAUACAAAGAUGUAAUGGAAUAUGGUUCUCAUUUUGGUGAAGUAAUAGCGGAAGGUGUGUUGUGGGAGAAUGAGGAGUUCGUGGGAGAGCUUUCUGAACUCAUCCGAUUGGGUUUUCUGGUGGAGUUCGAUGAGGAAGCAGUUGAUUUCCUUAUGAAGACCAAGAAUUUGCAAGUCUUUGUGGAGGAUCACAACUACCUCUCUACUCUCUCUUCUUAA